CAAUACGGAAGACUUGAGGUUUCCUUUCUGUGUUGGGAAUCAGCGACAGAUGUCUCACAGAAGACUGCAGCAUCCUGAUACCUGCUUUUCUUGGAUUUGAUUUAGUGUAAAGGGAAAUAGCACAAAAAAAUGGAUGCCUCUGCAGCAGAAGCUUCAGCCCAGAGUGAAAGACAAGAGGACAGUGCAAUGUCCAGUCAGAGGACAGAUGGCUCAAAGCCAAAGAAAGCCUCUUUGAAAAGAAGUAAGCAGACAAAAGAAAAGAAGCAGAAAAGAGCUCGACUUUCCAAACCGGCUUACACUGUCCAUCAAGGAGAAGAUAUGCUAUUUGUUAUAUCACGUUCUACUUCACAGUAUGUUGGUUCAGUCUGGACUCGCAAGAAGAAAGGAAGCAAAAAGAAAAAGAUUGCUAAAGGAAAGUUAAAAGGAAAUAAGACUAGACCCAAAAAAAUGAUCCGUGCCAAGCCUGUAGUGGAGAAUAAACCAGAUGUCCCAAAGCAAAUAGCUACAGCAGACAGCGACCACAGUUGGGGACAACAUCUUCCUGAGGAGGUGCUCAUCAACAUUUUCCAGUUGGUGGUCCUUCAAGAUGGAGCUGUACCAUUUCUCUGCCGAGUGGGAAGAGUUUGUCGUCUGUGGAAUGCCGCUGCCUCCAGUCCCGUCCUGUGGCGCAGAGUGACUGUGGGUCACUGCUGGAUCGCACCCGGGAAGAGCCAGCUGCCGAACACAGAGAGGAAGGUGAAGCAGACAGUUGAAUGGCUCGCUCAGAACAGGUUCCAUCAACUCCGAGACUUCUCCCUCUGUCACUGGACAAGUCAUGUUGACUUUACGUUGCAGGUUGUGUCCAAGUUCUGCCCUCAACUUCGCUCCCUCAAGCUUUCUUACUGCAAAGGCCUGACUUCAGAGGCCUUCCAGAGUCUGGGUCAGCACAGCCGCCAGCUGCAGAGCCUCGACCUCCAGUACUCAGAGUUUAAGACUGAGGGACUGGUGGAGUACCUUGAAACCCACGGCAGCCAGAUCAAGCAGAUGUUGCUCACUCACGAACUAAAGAAUAACAAACUGUGGACUACCAUCUCUAAAGGAUGCUGCCCUGAUUUGGAGUUGUUGGAGGUGAGCACGAAGCUGGACAGUAAAGACUGUGACCUUCCCAUCUGUAUCCCGGCUCUGCAGACGGCAUGCCCCAAACUCAAGACGUUCCGGAUGCUGAACGUCAGACCGAUGAAUAAGACUCGUGGUGCCACCAGCUCGCUGUCAGGCUUCCCGCUACUGGAGGAGCUUUCUAUGGCAACCACGUCGUAUUCCUACGUGACUGACAAGUUUCUGUGGGACAUGCUCUCCAGCUCCACUCACCUGCGUGUGCUGGACCUUCGAGGCUGUGCAAGAAUCACUCCACACGGUCUCGCAGUGUUGCCUUGUCCGGAGCUUGAAUGUUUGUUCUGGGGACAGUAUUUCAGCAGACACAUCGGGUCGUCAUUGCCUAAGAAAGGACUUCAUAUGGUGACCCAGAAGUGGAGCAAGACGUUGCGAGAGCUCGACGUUGCAAACCAGCUCUUCACUGAGGAAGACUUGGAUUUGGCAAUGAGUUAUCUUGCUCAAGCAGCCGACGCUGAUACUCUGCGCUCACUCAACCUCUCUGGGACCAGCAUCACACAACCGACCAUCAGGUCAAUCGUGGGAGAGAUGACUUCUCUCGACUACCUCAACCUCUCAUCCUGUCGUAACCUUCCAAGAGGAGCGAAAAGAAUCUACCGGGGCCAAGAAGACAUACGCCAGCUGUUGGACAUACUGGAGUAGUGCUCAUCUUCAUUUGGUUAUAGAGCUCAAUCCUGAAUUACCAGGCAGGCUUGACUGCCUGACUUGAUGCCUCUGUUUCGAUUACACUGUUAACUGAGAAGGGUAUUUCACCCCUUGGUGCUGUUGUAAAUAUUUGUGAUGUGUAUAUGUAUAAUAAAUUGCCACUUCAUCUACCAAAAAUCACUUCAGGGAUGGCAAUUUUCUGUGGAUUUCUGCAAUUUUGAAAUUCAAAUUAGUCAUUUUUUGAAAAUUUUAAGUGAGAUGAGCUGCCUAAAUUUUAACACUGUCAUAAGAUUAGGGAUGAAAUGAUUGCUCAAGUAUUUUGAUUACUAAUGCUUUGUUUAUCUCUGCAUGAUACACACACAGCAGGGGGGUUAAAAUUAGGAACAAAAGAUUGAUGAGCUCAGUGAGAUCCUUGGACAGUUCAUGAAUAAAGUCGUUGUGCCUUGGACAGCAUUUUGUAGUUACUGUCACCAUAUUAACUUUGGUUCAUUGUUUGGUCGUGUGUUGAAAAUGAAGAAACAUUCAGAAAACGUCACACUUCAUGGGAGUAAUUCUUCUAUGCAGAUAAGAGUAAGACUGUAAGGUGAUUUUCAUUAAAUCUGUAAGAAUUAUUCCAGGUCUUCUUAAGUUGCUCCUGUGCAAACUAUAACUAAAGUGGGUAUAACUGCUUAAAAUCUUCAACUUCAGGUGGGGCCCAUGACCCCCAGAACUUUCAGGUGAAAGAUUUUAUUUCCUAUUGCCAUCCCUGUAAUUUUGUCAUCGGAGGAUACAGGUUGUAUUUGUACUAAUACCAUUUCAUUUCUGCCUUUGUUUAGAAACGCUUACAUUCGUUUGGAUUAUCAGAAUUAAAAAGUCUUCAAUA